AUGCAGCAAGUACGGGCGGCUGUUCGCCAAAUGCCGGUUCUUCCUUCAGAAAGAUACCUUCGUUAUUUGCGGCUGACAGGCCGUCGCAGAGAACUUACUGCGCUAGCUGUUUGGUUAGCAGGGAGGCCCGACAUUAUCCCAACCUUCUCUGAACAUGACCCGUCCGAGCCGGAGCAAACAUUUUCUUCGCCACCGGAAAAUAGUUGUGAGAUGAAGACAGAACAUGCGAAUCCUCCAAGCGGUGUUUUCGAAAAAGGAAGCAGCGCUUCAUUCUCUUCUGGCAACGAUGAAGUGCCGGAAAAAAGAACGGUUCUUCGUGAGAACGCCCCUUCUCCAGCGGCCGCUGGGGAAGGUGAAGAGGCCAGGGAAUUGGGCAGACAAGGAGAUGGAGGUGUGCAAGGGUCAUGCAGCGAUAUCUUUCCGCGUCCAAGUCCCUGCUUACCAGACGAGAACCAUGGUGAAGCCGUUGCCAGCCUCGGUAGGAGAAAUGGCAGUCUAGAGGCUCUGAGAGAUGAAAGUGAAACAGCAGCCAAUCUCAGAAGUGGAUGUAAGACAACAGACAUGGAUACCGGCGGCGGUACAAUAUCUCUCUCUACGAGCAAACAGGUUUCAGCUGACUUGCUUCCUGCCAUGAAGGCCAACUUGGUCCCUCGUGACCUACCAGUAGAUCCGGAAACUCAUAAAGUGGGCAGUCAGGCUCCUGCAAACCCUGCACAAGAUCAGCUCAUUCUACCUACAGCGACAGCUGGUGCUAAAGCCAAAGCGAAAAAGCAGCCAACCGUAAAGAACCCGCCACCCCGUUUGGCACAUGUUGCUCAGAAGGCCAUUGCUCGUUCAAAAAUAUCGAGGCCGCUCGGGCAAGCACAAUGGCAAGCUCCAGGCAUGCCUGGAGAGGUACCAGCUGCUAGAGACCCGCAGAGGGCAGCAAAGACUCAACAUCUCAGGCACAGCAGAGUCGUUGCUGGAGAUAUGGUGAAAUGCCAGCCCCCUGAGUCGGAUGACAACGCAGCUGCUAUGCCUGUGGAGAAGGGCUCCGACAUUUCGGCCUCCAAAGCGCCACAAGGCUCUCCCGUCAAGCUAUCAUCACAAUCCGAUGAAGAACCAACCACGGUCGCUGCUGCACAACUGCCAGUCGACACUCCACCACGCGGGCCUCGUAGUAAUUUUCAAAAGAAACAACCCCUAAUGCAGUCUAGGCUAAUCGCUUCUCGCGCUUCUUCGUCAAAGCUUUUUAACGGCCCGAAAAAUGGACUGCGAAGACCAUCAGCUGCUUCUCUACCGGGAAGACGUGGGACCACCUUUGGGGUGGACCCAACCACCCAACCCACUGCAGACCCUGCGCAGCUGACUCAAGAGGCUGUGGAUCUCUUGUCUGAGCCGCAGAUGCUCGCUGAGAUGGCAACUCUUUGUGUUCGGCUCUCAGACCUAUUUUGUUGUAGGUCAGCAACUUCCUCUGUCGAUCAACCAUCCGGAGGUCAGGCCGCAAUGGAGAGACCGUCAGAGUUCGAGCAGGAGCCUAUAUAA